AUUGCGAUCCGAUCGUAGGGGGCGUGUCGGCUCAGACCGAAGCUCAGGCCGAGGCUCAUGCAUUUUUAGCUAGCUAGCUGACCAAAACUGUCGAAAGAGAAAGACGAUCUCAAAGAAAGUAUGGAGAAUGAAGCGAGCGAAGCGGACGUUGCCGCCGUGACGGAGCGAGAGAUGAAGGAGGCCGAGGAGGGAUCGGAGCAGAGAGCGAUGCGGCUGAGGAAAGACCAUGAGACGAGAGAGGAGCUCGCGGCUGUAGAGAAAAUGAGGAAAGUUAAAGGUUCCCUCAAGACAAUGUUGGCCAACAAGCUAGAGAGAACGCAGCUUCAGAAAUUGCGUGGGAUGCCACUAGUAGCUUGUAGACCACCCAUCCUAAAGAGAAGGAUUUUAUACAAAAGCAUGAAGCAACGAGUCGAGAACGAAAAACCUGAUGAUGAUAAGGAGGAGAAAAAAGAUGAGAAGAAAUUGAAAGCGAGGCGAAAGUCGUGGGUGGUGGGACAAUUUGGUGAUGAAGGGGUUAAAGAUCUUCGGAAGGGCGAUGAGGAAGAGUUAAAAGACCUGCGCAGACUGGAAGUGGUGAAGAAGAGGUUAACGGAAAAGGAAAAAGUUCGUGAACAGGCGGUAAAGUUUUUCAAACAUCGCUACGUCCUCGAUCCUGAAUCGACGCAGAAAUCCAACACCAUCCUAGUUACGGGCUACGAGCCGUCGCCGAGCGAGACCUGCUCCGCUGUGGAGUUGAUACGGCAACAGAGUUCCGUCGUCAUUAACAACUUCCUCGACCAGCCGAUCACGUACCAUGUCCUCUCCAGACUCAGCGACUCCGAGAGAGAAAAUUUAGAACGAGUUGUCGUCGAUGCCAAGGGAGGCAGGGGAGGGGAACAUGUGUAUUCCUACGAACCCCUCUCUGGAGGGGGUCUGGAAUUUGGGGAAGCCAGGGGGUCAAAGAAGGUCAGGUUUCAACGUGGCGCUAGUUUGGAGGGAAUUGGGGAGGAGGGGAGUGGUCGUCAUGACGAUGAUGAUCAUGUGAUCCCGAAAGCCAAACACGUUCGAACUAAAUCGGCACCCGAUGUGACCACACCCCUUUUCCCUCCCCCUCCCCCUCCCCCACCCUCUUCCUCAGUGAUGGAAGACAAAACCUCUCCCCCACCUCUCGUCCCCAUGACGAUGACAGCUGCGUGUGCCCCACCCCCUAAUUCAACCCAGGUCCCAUUCCCAUCCCAACCUGGAAUGCAGAAUGGGAACGAGCCCGUACCUUCUCCGCCUCCAGUACUAGUACGUACGCCUUCCUACAUCUCUGCAAUGGAAAGUGACGAAGUAGUCGAAUUGAUCGAACCACUGUCACCCAAACAGCCUUUGAAACGCAAACUGUCGAAAAGUCCGCAAUCUCCACGGAAGAAAACCGGGAGUCCUAGAAGAGAGAGAAGGCUGUUUUCGAGACGAAGUAAGAAGAAGGUGAGGGAGAGGGAGGAAGAGGAGGAAAAGAUAGGGAGCUACUUGGCUCUGUCGUAUGACACGAGUUCCCUGGGCCUUGACGAGGGGGUGGAGCUAAGGGGUAGUCAUGAUGACAUCAUUAUUACAUCAGCAAGUGCAAUGAAAAAUGGGAGUGGUUGGGAGAGAAAGGAUUCAUCUUCGUCUCCUUCUGCUUCUCCGAAGCCGAAAGAACAUGCCUCAAAUUCAUCAAAAUUUCCCUCACGGCAAACCCAUGAACCCCCACAAUCCUCGGGCCCCUCAGAACCUCAUGAACCCUCUAAAUUACCUCAGCGAACUUCUGAACCCUCAAAACCUUUUGAACCCUCCAAAUCUUCAGACCCCUCAAAACCGGCACAACCCCCAGAAUGCUCGCAAACUGUUGACCCCUCGCGACCUCCUCCAACACAUCAUCGAUUAACCCCUCAGUUCUCCAUUACAUCGCUCCCUGGCUUAGACCCCGCCCCCAGGAAAUAUUAUACUCCAAUCUCCCCCCGCGUUGACAAGGUAAUGGGCACAUACGCCACAAACCCUUUUGCCAGGGAUUUCGACCGAGCUCUUCAAGAACAGGCUUCCUCUGGACCAACACCGCAAAACCCCACCCCUUCCGUUACCCGUAGCAACACCCAACUCCCCGACGACAUAAUGUCCGACGAGGGAUUCCUAGAAUUUCUCCAGAUGAACGACGCAAAACCGAGCAGAUCAAUGUACAUAACCUACCAGAUCCAGCUGAUAAGCGAAAAAAUCGACUCGAAAUACGGCAUGCACUUGAAUCAAGCGUUGGACGCAAUAAUUCCAGAGAUAAUUGCCAAUAGCGUUUCCUGGGAGAAUUUCAGUGCAGUUUGUCGCUCUCUUCUGUUCAAAGGCGAAGGUUUCAAGGACGGGCUCUUCAUCGUUCCAGCUUUCGCCAAACGGUUGCUAGGGUUUCUGCCGGGAAUGCGUGAUGUCAUAACUGAGUACACGGAGGCUGUGCUGGAGGAGUAUGCGAUGGAGUGGCUGCUAAUGAGAGGAGGAUGGGUGGGUUUGGAGUGAAUGUGCUAUUCCCAUCUUGUUAACACUAGCCACCAACACAUGUGCCAAGAGCCUCCAUAAUUAUAUGGGGGUUAUAAUACUAGGUGCUAUUACUUUAUUUAAGCUGAUCCCAAUGGCAUCCAAAGGGUUAAAAAUUGUUCAGAUCACAUAAUAAUUAUACUUCCCGUGGUGUAUUUUUAAUACAUAGUGACUGUAUGUCCGCAGGGUGAGCUGCUUCGAUACAGAGAGGAAGAAGAGAGGGGAGGGGAGGAGGAGAGAGGAGAAGGGGAGGAGUCGAGUGACCACAUGUGGGUGUGGCCAGCCGAGGAGACGCGGGAGUGGUGGGAGGAGUCACGAGGAGAGGACUCGUUCCACAGAGCCAUGGGGUACGGAGUUGUCACCCCUGGACCAGAGUUUCAAGGAAGGUCGUUAGCUAAUCCAGACAUUGCUCUCUCAGAUGUUGGGGGUGUUGUUGAAAGACAGGUUUGUGACCAUGACGACAGACCACACCCCCAAGAAGCUCCUCCCACUGUCCCGGGGAUGGAAAUGGGCUCACAGCUAUUCCUCUGGCCCGUCCAGGAGAUAACUCCGCCCAUUGGGCGUGGUCUCCGUCGAGUCAUCAGUGUAGAGGUUCUCUUCUCGACCACCAGUGACUCUGGUGACAUGGAGACUGAAUUUUCCCUGAAUAGAGCAUCGCUGAGUCGGGUCUCUUCCCUCCCCUCCAUCUGCAGUUCCAUUCUGAGUCCAACGUCACCCGUCUCCAUUCCAUCCCCGAGGAAACGCAUGUCCGCAGACCGUUCCAGCGGCAGUCCCUCCUCCCCCUCCGUCUUCACUCUCCCAUCAAUGAGAAAGAGGCCACGCCCACUCGACAGCACCAGUAGCCAAGCAACCUCGGUGUCUUCGACUACAUCGUCCUCUGACUACAGACGACAAUCGUCUUCUUCAAUAAGACUGGUUGGCGACCCAGCAUCACCGGUACCCUCUUCCCCACUCACCAGCAGAGCAAAGUUUGAGGAAACUUCUUCCAGACCUUCCGGACUCGUAUCUAGGGCGUCGAGAAGUAGGAGUGAAGAUAGGAAGAUUGCUGGUGGGGGUGGUCAAAUUGUAACCACACCCACUCCUAACGACACACAUUCUAAUCAAUCCUCCAAGUCUCCGCCUACUGUGCAACAAAACGGUGGCGGUUUCCACGACAACCACCAGACAGCAGCAUUGCCCACUGAUAAUCCACCCACUGUGGAACCCGGUAGUGGUAUCCAUGACAACCAAAAGACCACACCCACCAACAACGAGCCAUAUCCGAUUCCAGUUCAACGCUCGGUAACAGAUUCAUCGGAAGGUAGCUAUGCCGAUUACGGACUGAGAGAAUCAGGGGAUGGACGUAUGACAGAAUGGGAAUGGAAAUUAGUCAAAAUAUCGGCAGUUUUACUGACAGCAGCAGCUGGGAUAGCUGUCGCUUUAAUCGUUCUUAGAAAAAGACUAUAGACUUUACUUUUUACAUUCACACAAUAUUGUUAAUACACACCCAACACAAAAAGAUAUUUUUAAAAAAAUUUCUACUCUUCAGAGACGGAAAAAUAAGAAAUCGACAAUUCACUGACUGCUCAAAAUAUCUGUGAAAGCUGCUCAAAAAAAGUGUAAUUUGUGAAUGCAUGUGCAUGUGGGCG